AUGUCCGGAUGCCACAUAAUUCUGAAAUCCCGGGUAAACACCUCAGAGGUGGUGAUGCGCACAGUUGCCGACGUGGUGACAGGAAACUGUGGCGAGUACUGUUUUGAGGCGCAGACCGGAAAAUAUUGCGUAUAUCUGAAACAGGGCUGGCGCGACGAGUACUGUGUUGGCGAUAUUGCUGUAUACGACGACUCAAAGCCCGGCACGCUGAAUGAUUUUCUGACAGCCCCCGAUGAAGGCGACCUGAAGCCGGAUGUAGUGAAACGCUUUGAGGAAAUGGUGGCGCAGGCGCAGCAGAGCGCGGAAACGGCAACAGAAAGCGAACGACAGGCAGGGCAACAUGCAGACGCUGCCGCCCGGGCAAAAGAAGAUGUAAAAAAACUGGUGGAAGGUGUUCAGCAGAACGCCGACGCGGUUGCGGAGGGUAAACAACAGGCCGAAAAUCUGGUCUCACGGGUUGAGGAUACCGCCGCAGAGGUCAGGCAGGACGCUGAAGCCGCGAAAAAGGCCGCAUCUGAUGCAGAGCAUGUCAGGGAGGAUAUUGAUACUGCGUUAUCUGCGACACUGAAAACGGCGAAUCGUUUAUCAGAGCUGGCUGAUGAAGGUGAAGAGGCUCAGCAGGAAUCCCGUGAUAAUCUUGGACUGAAAAGCGCUGCCACAAUGACGCCACAGAGCGACAUUCGUGACCGGACUGAAGGGCGUCUGGCGACACCUGGCGCAUUUGGUUUUGGGCAUAUUUUUUUGCCCGCAGAGCGUAUCCGUUUUAACACAGGGGAUGAUUUUCUGUCCUGGGUAAGGAAUGCGACGCCGGGUGAAUAUUUUGUUGAGGGUGACAGUAAAAUCAUAUCCGGAGGUGUGUUGUUUAACGGGAUGGUCCGCAUCCGGUGUUUUAUGGAAAUAAAACGCAUCGAAAAUGCGCGUUAUCUUGAAAAUGGCGCGAUUGACUGUGGGGUGUUGUUUGAUGGCAUGGAUGAACCGGUUCCGUAUACGGCAACUGCCACGGAUACAGCAGAGACAGGGCAGCGAGUCUGGCAGGAGCUGCAAAGCGGGAGAUGGGGAGAAAUAACGCCGUUCACCGUCACGUCAGAGAUGCUGGAAGCAGCAAAAGCAGCCAAACGCCGGGAAAUUGAAGCAUGGCGUACAGAACAGGAAGCGCAGCCAUUCAUUUUUGAAUGGAACGGUCAUAGCUGGAACGGGGGACCGGAUUCGAUGGCCCGUCUUUAUCCGGUGGCGAUGGCAUCGAAAUCCGACACAGCACGGGACGUCAUGACGUGGGGUGAUGCGGAAAAUCAGCAGGUAAAGUUGUCAAUGCAACAACUGGAUGAGCUACUUACUGCAAUGGUUCAGGCGCAGGUUGAUCGCAAUGAUGAAAUUUAUCGCCGUCCAGCGAGGAGAAUGAAAGAAGCGUUAAAUGCACUGGAUGGUUUGAACUCGAUCAGAAAGCUGGCAAUUAACUAG